AGAGAGAGAGAGAGAGGAGGCGAGAUAUAAAGAGAGAGAAUAAGGAACUUUGUUUGCAGGCAUCCGUGUCUCCUCCGGCUCCGCGCGCUGAAAGAAAAGCAUUUGGCAGUUAUGGUUGAUCAGCGUUUCUUUCAUCCUCUCCUGUGCAUUAGUGGCGACGGAUGGCGCAGAGAAGAUCCUGGUUUUUCUAGGAUAUCUUUAAAUCCUAUUUUGAAGGAUUAAAAAAUAUACAAUACAAAAGGAUGCCGAAACACUAAAGACGCGCAUCUCCAUCAAUGUGUGUGAGAUGACAUUGAGGAUACCUUAGCAGGACCGCGAGCUCGGCCAUCAUUUGCAGGAAAAUGCAGCUUUGGAUUCCGUAUGUUUUGCUAAGUGCAGCUACCGUGGGCACUGUUGAGAUGUUUGGCAAUUAUGGUGAAAUAUGUCAAGGACUGUGUGCAUGUGAGGAGAGAGAAGGGAUACUCACAGUGAGCUGUGAAAACAGAGGGAUUGCAGCGCUCACAGCCGUUCCCCCAGUGCUCUUCUCCCAGUAUCAUCUGCUCCUUAGUGGGAAUCUUUUGAAAAAGCUGUCUGCCCAUGAUUUUGUUGAGUACAAAGGACUUACAAUCUUACAUCUGGGGAAUAAUGAGAUAUCCGAAGUUCAAGCAGGAGCUUUUAAUGGACUGCAGGGAUUAAAACGAUUACAUCUCAACAAUAACAAAAUUGAUGCCUUGAAGGACGAGUUUUUCUUGGGUCUCGUAAGUUUGGAAUAUUUACAAAUCGAUUACAACUACAUCACUCAUGUGGAGCCAAAUGCCUUCAGCAGACUGCGGCAUCUGGAGGUCUUGAUUCUGAAUGACAAUUUGAUUUCAAGUUUGCCUGUAAACAUUUUUCAGAAUGUCCCAUUGACUCAUCUGGACCUGCGGGGGAAUCAGCUGAAAGUGCUCCCCUACACGGGUCUGCUGGAGCACAUGAACAGUGUGGUGGAGUUACAGCUGGAGGAGAAUCCCUGGAACUGCUCUUGUGAGCUGAUUGCUCUUAAAACCUGGCUCGAAAGCAUAUCAUACACGGCCUUGGUGGGUGAUGUUGUUUGUGAGUUCCCCUUUCGGCUUCAUGGGAGAGACCUCGAUGAGGUUUCCAAACAAGAGUUGUGCCCGAGGAGAGCCAUCGCUGAAUAUGAGAUGCCGCCUCCGCCACGUUUGGGCACUGAUGCAUACCAUAGGACCACGCCAGCUCUAGUUGCAGCCUCGUUCACCUCGUCUGGAAUUGCAAGAUCCUCAUCGAGACCCACCAAGGGACCUCGGCAGUCAGCCAAAUUAAAAUCAAGACCCACCACCCGAGUCCCGUCAAACAAGCCACAGAAUUUUGGUCAGAUUGUUUCGUAUCAGACCAAAUCGCCUGUGCCUUUAGACUGCCCGACUGCAUGCACUUGCAAUCUGCAAAUUUCAGACCUUGGUCUGAAUGUGAACUGCCAGGAGAGAAAGAUUGAACAAAUCUCUGAUUUAAAUCCAAAACCUUACAAUCCCAAAAAGAUGUAUCUGACUGGAAACUACAUCCCUGUGGUGCAUCGAUCAGAUUUUACUGAAGCAACUGGACUAGAUUUGCUUCAUCUUGGUAACAAUCGAAUAUCCCGCGUGGCUGACAGGGCCUUUGGCGAUUUGAUACACCUAAGGAGACUGUAUCUCAAUGGAAAUCUGAUCGAUCAUCUUACAGUUGAUAUGUUUUAUGGGUUAGAAAGCCUACAGUUUUUAUAUUUAGAGUACAACGUCAUUAAAGAAGUAAUUGCUGACACCUUUCAGCACGUACCCAAACUUCAGCUUCUUUUUUUGAACAAUAACCUCUUGAAAACAUUACCAGAGGGUACAUUCAGUGGCCUGACAUUGGCCAGACUUAAUCUCCGUAACAAUCACCUGCGAUAUCUGCCAGUUAGAGGUGUGCUGGACCAACUUGCAGCACUGGUACAAGUGGAUUUGUAUGAGAAUCCCUGGGAUUGCUCAUGUUCUAUACUGGACUUGAAGAUGUGGUUAGAGCAGCUCAGCACAGGCACAGUUGUGAAUAAUGUCAUCUGUGGCUCCCCCAAGAAGUUGGCGGGGGAAGACAUGAGAUACAUUAAGACAACUAAUUUCUGCCCUAAUAACUCUGAUGUGCUUGCAUCCAUGAUUCCACCUUCAGAGGAAUCUUUUCCAGGCAGCACCAUCACUAUAGAAACGUCUUUAGACUCUGACACUCAGUACAGCACCAUUCCUUUAUCCGUGAUGAUUCUCGCCCUUCUCCUCAUGUUCAUCCUCUCUGUGUUUGUGGCUGCCGGGUUGUUUGUGGCAGUGAAAAAGAGACGCCAGAAGAGUCAAAACGAGCAGAACAACUCAAUGAAUGCUUGCAUUAGCUCUCUCAACAUGGAAUACGGCCUUUACAAAAAGGGAUCCAUUCCCAAAGUCAGAACAUCUGCUGGACAUGUGUAUGAGUACAUCCCACCUCCAAGCGAAUCCACAUGCAGAACUGCGGCACAUACUCCUAUGGACAGCAAAUCUGUGGACGGAUUCAGGGACUUUGACGAGCUGAGUGGUGCUUUUCUGGCCAACUCAGACGAAGAGGCCGCCAGUAACGUGUUAAGCUCUGAAUACAGCACCACCACUCCAGAACCUCUCAACAAGCCCUCACCCGCUUACCAAGAUGAUCAGCACUUCUACAGAGACGUACUUGAGCCGGACAAGAACAGACGCUUCAGCAACACAUUACCCUGCAGGCACGGAGCCCAUUCAUCAAAUCAGUAUACCUCAGACUUUGAUGCAAGGCAUCAAUACGUGCAACCAGAUAGAAUACAGCAAACAAUUCUAUAUUGUGCAGCACCCAGUUCUGUUUACGUGGAGCCAAACCGGAGCGAGUACUGGGAAUUAAAAGCAAAGCUCCACAUCGACCCUGAUUACCUCGAGGUUCUCGAAAAACGAACUACAUUCACUCAGUUCUGAGAGACUUGUCCUCCAGAUGGUCGAAGCGAAUGCAUUUGUGUGAUUUAUUCGUUUUCGUUAUUAAUCACAAACUGUUAUGCAUUUCUGGGAAUUAUGGUUUGCAGAGUGACUGAUCCAGAAGGGAGGGGGGGUAUUACUCACUGUAAAGCAUCACUUAACACUGUUUUGCUGUGUGGUUUGACAGUUUGGUUUCAAUGUGCAAAUGUGAACCAGAAACCACAGAUUCUGGGCUCCAGUGACUCAUCCUAUCAGCAAAUCUACCCUGAAGCUGUACCAUUGACAUUAAUGUGAGACUGAGCUUUAACUUUUAAAUUAGCUACAUAUUAUGAGUGUUAAUGAACCACAGACGAUAUCAUCCUGCCCCCAAAUAACCCCAUUUUAUCUGACAGAGAUGCAAGUAUGCUCUCCAGUUCUGUUUUUCGAUUUCCAUUCUCUAUACCUGCAACCAUUUUUGAGAUUAUUUAUCUCUAACUGUGAAGUUAACCUGCAUUUAGUUGAGAAAAUUACCCAGCUUCAAAGUCUGGAUGCAUUAACAACUCUGGGAUAAUAAAACCAUAAAUCACAGAUAAUAAGUAAAGUAAAUGUCUGUUUUUGUUGAGAGAAAAUUCUUGUAAUGGACAAAAUCACACAAACAAGGCUACAGAAGCGUAAGAGCAAUAGCUCAGAUUUUUGCAGUGAGUUUAUAUGAAAUAGUUACAAACAAAUGACCUCUUAUCAUUAAUAGUUAGCUCUCCGUUUCACAACAAUUGAAGCUAAAUUUGAUUCAUAAGGCUUAAACUACUCUUUUUGUGCAUUACAUUGUUAUUCAAGCAGACCCUCACUCUUUAGUAGGAGUCUAUCUCCAGCAGGCAUCGGGGUGAGAGGCACAGUACUCCUUGGACACGUAUGUUAAAGGGCCACAUAUAAACAAACAAGACACACAACCAUCCACACACUCACACACACAUUUAAAGUGGUACUUCACUGAGAAAUAAUUUUAAUUAAUCUUUCUGAUUAUAAUCAGGGCUGCGCAGUGGUGCAGUGGUUAGAGCUGUUGCCUUGCAGCAAGAAGGUCCUGGGUUCGAUUCCUGGCCUGGGAUCUUUCUGCAUGGAGUUUGCAUGUUCUCCCUGUGCAUGCGUGGGUUCUCUCCGGGUACUCCGGCUUCCUCCCACAGUCCAAAAACAUGACUGUUAGGUUAAUUGGUCUGUCUAAACUGUCCUUAGGUGUGUGUGUGUGUGUGUGUGUGUGUGUGUGUGUGUGUGUGUGUGUGUGUGUGUGUGUGUGUGUGUGUGUGUGUGUGUGUGCGUGACUGUUUGUCCUGUGUGUCUCUGUGUUGCCCUGCGAUGGACUGGCUCUCUGUCCAGGGUGUACCCCACCUGAUUGCCCGUUGACCGCUGGAGAUAGGCACAUGAAAAUAGUCUCCUAUGCCUACCCCCUGCUUUAGGGUUAGGGUCACUCUUCUCUAGGAUCUGAAAAGCGUGAUAGAGCUACGUCACACUGUCACUGAACAAUCAUGGACUCACCCAUCUUGGCUCGUGAUGAGGAGGGUUAUUGUUGUUUUAGCAUACAGAGAACAGCAAAGAACGUGUCAACUUAUAGAAGCUAACCAUUAGCAUUAGCAACUCCACCACAUGGCAGAACUCCUCCAGGAUUGUGUUAUUUAUAGAGAUAAAACAUCAACGUUACAGAGCAAACUGAAUCUGUGGUAGAAUCACAUUGAUGUUAGCCAAUCAGAGGCGAGAUGUCCAAAUAUCAGGAAAUCAAACUCGAAAUCCUGCCGUGUUCGGCUCAGCUCUGACCUGGUUCAUUUCUAGUUCCGGAAACAGGCGCGCUGGAGCUCCAACCCAACUUACUUGACAUUUUACUAGAGACCACUGCAAAUGUAUAAAAAUUUUAGUAAAGUACCACUUUAAGGAAAAUUUAAGGUUACCCUGACCUGCAUAUCUUUGUUUUAUAUGAGGAAACUGGAGAAAACUCACGCAGGAAAAACAUGCAAACUUCAUGCAGAAAGGCUGCAGCUGGAAUCUGAACCUGUAACUUCCUAGCUUUGCAGGCUGAACCAGAACCCAUGGCUUCAUAGCAACUUUCUGAAGCAAAACAGACAUUUCUGUGUAAAUAACCCUCUACGGCAAAUGUCAUUGCAAUGUAAAUAUUUAUAAAAGUACUUGAAUUAAUUCCUAUAACAUCUGUGAUCUGAGUUUUUAGGAUGGCAGAAAGACUCAGUGGCGAAGCUGUUAUCUUUUUAAUCUAAAAAUAUCAGUUUAGCCAAAUACAAAUGAACAAAGCCCUCGUCAGAACAUCUGAACUAUCCCUUUUAUGCGAUUUUUUCUAGAAAACCAGCAGUGAUACAUCUAAACCUCCUCAUAUUAUCCUCAUCACCAACCAGCUUAUUCGAAUGAUGUUAACUCUUGUAGGGAAAAAAAAUCUAAGCAACGCAAAAAUGUUGUUACCAAAAGAUUUUUAUUGGAAGAAUAACACCACUUUAAUGUGAAUUAUAUAAACAUGAUUUAGUUUUCCAGUUUGUUCAUGUUUCAAAACCAAAGCGGUCUUUAAAAAACAGGAAUAUGCAAUCUUUGACUCCCGCAGGGGCUCAACAAAACACAACCCUUUAGGUUAUUUUGAUUUUUAUACAACCUGUGUUCCUUCUGAUAUAUAUACGGGUGACAUUUACAGCUGAAUUUCCAUUGCAACACAUCUGAGAUGUGAUAAAAGUUUCAGUAUCACAAGAUCUUACCAAAGCGUGUUAUAGACCUGCCAACUGAACGCAGGAUGUCAGUGUCAAGGUUUGCAGUGAUGGAAGUGUAGGAACCGUUCAAUUUUUGACCACAUUUACUAGAGAGGUCAAAAGUUUUACCAUAAAUGUUAUGUACUAAAUCAAAAGAUGUUUUCUUGUUCUUGUUUCACACACAAUAAGUUUAAAUAUGGGGCAAAAGCAAAAUGCUAUCAAAAUAUAACAGAUGUGUGAUGGUUUUCUCCAUUGCACCAAAGCCCAGGCCUCCGUGCAGAAGUCCUGUUUUAUUCAUCCUCUCAUCCUCCAAAUAUAAACUGGAACAGAGUUUUCUUUUUGCUGUCCCUUGCACCCAUUUCAACCCUCGUUGGUUGAUGUUUUGAUGAUGUCCUUUAUGCUAAGAAAUGGCCCAGUCAAAAACAUUUUUAAACCAACCACAAUAUUAUCCUAGACUUCACCAAAUAACCCAUCUGCUGAAACCUAACAAAGAACAUUAAAAGGACAUGUGCAAAACUUGCCUUUUGCAUCAUUUUGUGUUUCCAUAAAGGUCUCUACUGCUUCUAUAAACACUCCAAAUGUGAAAAAAAAAUAUCCAAUUGUUUUCUGGCAGUGUUUGGUUUGAGGAAUAAUGUGCAUAAAACAAGCUGUUUCAAAAAGUCCUCAUUUGUUAUGUCACAAAUAGGGAGAUUAGCAUAGAACCACCUCUCACCUGGAGGGGAUCAGCCGCAGAAGACGCAGCAGCAACUUUCCUAUAAGCCCUUCCCAGAUGUCAGAGAUUCUCAGCUUAUAGCAGCCACUCAGAGGAUGGGUGGGCGUGGCCAGCAACAGCUUGUUUUCUUAAAGUGACAGGGCUGUAAAACGGCUCAUUCUUCAAGGUACAAAAACUGUGCUUUAGGUGAAACUUUGAGAGGAAUUCCUGAAAGAAGUUGAUGAACAUGUUUUAAAUUGGCCAUAGAAUCUUUACAACUUAAGAAAAAUCAUAAUGUGUCUCCUUUAAUUUUAAAACUGAAUCAGGGUAUCACGUAUUUUGGAAAUUGCUUUUCUGAAUUUCCCUCUGGGAUUAAUAAAGUAUUUGAAUUGAAUUGAAUUGAAUUAAAAUCUGUAACUUUAAUUGUGCCAGGCUAUUUUACAUUCGUUCAGCCAAUCAAAUCACAUGAGUUAUUAUAUUAGUGAAAAAUUUGUGUUUUGCUGUUUUAAAACAAUUUUAAGUCAGAUUGUCUGAAGCAAAUAAAAAAGAUGACUUGUGCCCAUCAGCGGUAUAAUCACACUUUGGUUGAUUUCUACGCACAUUCAAGUUUUAAUUUGUACUUCUCAUGUUCAGAAAUGGCAAAAAUGGCACUGAUGUGUUAUUUACAGGCCCUUUUGUUCCAUGCUAUAGUUCAUAUUUACCUUUGGUGUAAAUUCAGCUAAUUGUUUUCCUACACAUUUUUGCCCUAUUGUGUUUUCCCUAAUCUAAAAAUAUGCACUAUUGACUGCUGGUCAACAAUGAUGUCACCUUCUAAAAUGCACUAAAUUGUAACAUGCAUAUAGCCAUAGUAUUGGUUCAAUAAAUCCAUAAGGAGGGGUUAGAUGUGUUAAAAAUCCUGCACUUUGCAUCAAUACAGGUCAUACUCAGACAAUCUGUACAAAAUGCUCACUGCUGUUCUCUAACUGAUGAUAGUCAAUAAAACCAUCCAGUCUUAUACCAAAAGUGAAUGAAACAUGACAUUUAAGAUACACUUUUUAAAGAAAUUGGUUUUCUUUCUUUUUUUUUUAUACAAACUUUCUAUAUUUGUAAACCUGGGUGGUUUUCGGGGAAUAUUUUGGGUUUAAAAAAUGCACAAUGUAUUAAUAAUCCUGUUUUCUUUUGAGUUUGAAUCAUAGGAAAUCAGGAAGUUUGACUGCAAUUAGCAGUACCCCAAAGUGCAUGGAGCAACAUAUAAAAUAUCAGAAUGGGUCAAAUUGGAGUGAAAAUACCAACAAACAACUGCAGUUAGCCUUCUUUGAAUGAGACCGGUCUUUGCUAAUGCAGUCAAACCGUUUUCUGCGGUAAAGCCUGUAAAUUUGCUAAAGUUUUUAUUUUCAUUGAGCCUCAUGCUCACGUCCUCUGGCUGUUUCUGUGUAUGAGAAAGUGAGACAUAAAGAGUAAAUCACAAACAAGUUGAGAAAAAAUUGUGCCAUUUUGUGGUCAAUCUGCAACAAAAACUAUUGCACAUUUGUCACAAUACAUGUGUCUUUUGGCCAUGUGCCUCUAGUGACCUGACUGUAAAUGAAAUUUCUGGCAGAAAUGUCCAAUUAAACAUAAUUUCAGGUAAAUGUGAGCAUUUUAUUUAAAUUACAUAGGACUGAUUCCACUUUCGGAACUUCCAUGUAUUUUUAACGGAUUUUUAAUAGGACCGGCUUGGCAGGGGCCAUUUUCCUGGCCGUUUCAGGAACCAACAGGUUACACUGGGGUAUGUACUUGGAAAGACCCGGCGGAGUUGCUGGGGGUCUUGUGGUUAGCUCAUGCUAAUUGGCUGUAACCCAGUGAAAAAAGACAUUGGCGGACGUGGCCAAAUAACCAUGGUUUGUAAAACUGAAAUAGUUGUUGUUGAAGUGUAAUGGAAAGAAAUAAAAAAGGUAGAGUUUCUUAAAAAUUGCUGUUUCCAAACUUUGAAAAUGUGUCAGAAAUCCGUCCACAACGCCAUAAUACACGGUGAUUUGUGAUCUGCUACAGAACAUAGUAAAAAUGGUGCUUCUUCUGGUUAUUGAACGCUGUUUUUUAAUCACACAGCCACUCACCCGUCCCCUGAAUGGAUUAAAUAAUAGCUAAUUUUAAUAGAAUAAAACUUUUGAUGUUAAUGAUGUCUGUGGACGCCCUUUGGUCCUGAUCAGUGACAUCAUUCAUUGCAAAAUGGUUGUGAUAUGCUGAAGUCUUAGCAAAAUGCUGAAAGGGCCAAGACACAACAUCUGAGAGGACUGAACCAACAUGCGAUCUCACCCUGGAACACCGGUGGAAACACGACUUGUGUCUUCAGCUGGUCGCUGACAGCGGCCCAGUGAGAUUCAGAAUUAAAUCUGUCAAAAGAUGAGCGUCAAGAACAACACUGUUCUCUUUACGCAGCAUCAUGCACCAAAUCUGUCAUUUUAGCUCAGCCAUAAAGGACAUGUGUCUGGACCUUGUCUGCAUGUCAACAAGUUUUUAUACUACAGCAUUAGUCAUGUGCGCUUAACCAGCAAUGAGGUCUUGUUGCUUCUCCUGUUCGGAGUAAAUUUGUGAUGAAUCGACUUGUUUCUGCCAUUUGAAAAUGCAUCGGAGCAAAUGAAACCUUCACAGUGAUGCAUGACUUGCACCUGCACAUCUGAGUUAGUGGAGAAAACUUUUACAAACAUGAUGCACACACAAGGUUCCUGAUUGUAUCAGUUUUCAAAUGCAUAUUUUAUUAAAUAUGCUGUAACUUUUGUAUUUCCAAGCUGCAAUAUGUCAUUACUAAAAAUAUACAUACUUGUAUAUUUUUUUCUUGAGCUUGCUUUGAAUUUUUUUUUGUAUAUAUCUGGAAAUAAUUUUUCAUGUGUUCUUUUGUUAGUAUUAACCAAAUAUUAAUGUAUUCAUUUUAUCACAGCUAAAUCUGCAAAAAAUCUAAAAAUAAGAAGAAAGGUAUUUCAACAUUCGAAGAACAAGGAGGUGAAUCCCUAUGUUCUUGUUAUUCCAGCUCCCAUGUUUGUUUGCCUUGCUCAUUUUUUAUUUAUUUUUCUGUGUCAGCCUCUGAUUUGUAAAUAGAACAAACACUUCAUCAGCAUUUCCAUGCAAACUUGCACCGUCUUUGAAAAGCAAAAACUUGGUCUCGUAUUGAAAAAAAAAAUACAGAAAAGAAGACAAUAGCCCUACACAGCCGGGAAUAUGUGGGACAAAUAUAUCUACAGUGUGUUUUCUUUAGUUGUUAACUAAUGAAUAAAAGAUAUGCAUUCAUUUGA